AUGGACGCCGACAUCAGAGCCGCCAUCCCGGACAUAGACCCGAUCCUGUCCGAGUACUCGGUCGGCUAUCUCAGGCACGCCUCCACUGCCUGGGGCGGCGAUGAGGAUUCGAGUGCACUGUCACCGCUCUCCGAGGCCGCUACCGCCAUCACCGAACUGCUGAUCUCAGCGUCCGGCAACGCAGGUGGCCCGGAGCAGGACAAGAUCCGCUCCCUGGUCUCGAAAUGGGUUGAGAAGUACGAGGAGGCCAACGGCACCAACGGGGAGCGGCGCGGGCCCGCCGCCGUGCGCCGCCUCGACCACGCCUACCAGGUCGGCUCCCAGCGCAACAUGUCGUCGACGCUGGCCGUGGCCACCGGCAACGUCGACCUCGAGUCCGCCAACAUGCGCAAGGUCGAGUCCAAGGUCGACCGCAAGAAACUCGAGAAGGCCGAGCGCAAGAUCGCCGCCAAGCAGAGCAAGAAGGAGUUCAAGACCGUCCAGUACGAGGCCUCGCGCCUGCUCGAGCUGCCCGAGGACGCUCAGAGCUACGAGGAGUUCUACAUGGCCGUCAACCCGCUGCAGCUCGGCGGCGGCGGUGGUGCUGGUAAGACAAAGGAUAUCAAGAUCGAGAACGCCGACGUCGGUAUUGGCGGAACGAGGAUCCUGACCGAUACCGACUUGACCCUCGCGUACGGACAUCGCUAUGGUUUGGUUGGUCACAACGGUGUUGGUAAAUCUACCUUACUCAGAGCGCUUUCGAGGCGUGAGCUGCCUAUUCCAACACAUAUUUCCAUUUUGCACGUCGAACAAGAACUCGCCGGUGAUGACACGUCUGCUCUGCAAGCCGUGUUGGAUGCAGAUGUCUGGCGGAAGGUGUUGCUCAAGGACAACGCGCAAAUUACUGCACGCCUUGCCGACAUCGAAGCUCAGCGAUCGUCCCUGGCAGAUACAUCUGCCGAUGCUGCCAGACUUGACCGCGAUAGAGAAGCCAUGGACCAGAAGCUAGGUGAAAUCCAAGGCAAGCUGGCAGAGAUGGAGUCAGACAAGGCCGAGCCCAGAGCGGCUAGUAUCCUCGCUGGUCUCGGCUUCUCUACAGAGCGGCAACAAUUCGCCACCAAAACAUUCUCUGGUGGUUGGCGUAUGCGUCUGGCCCUUGCAAGAGCCUUGUUUUGUGAACCUGAUCUACUACUGCUCGACGAACCGUCCAACAUGUUGGACGUCCCUUCCAUUGCCUUCUUAUCCAACUAUCUCAUUGGCUACCCAAGCACCGUCCUGGUAGUCAGUCACGACAGAGCCUUCUUGAACGAAGUUGCCACAGACAUCAUACACCAACACUCCGAACGCCUUGACUACUACAGAGGAGCCAAUUUCGAGUCGUUCUAUGCCACCAGAGAAGAGCGAAAGAAGACGGCAAGGAGAGAGUACGAGAACAAUGCGGCCCAGCGUGCUCAUCUGCAGCAGUUCAUCGACAAGUUUCGUUACAAUGCUGGCAAGGCUGCCGAAGCACAGUCACGGAUCAAGAAGUUGGAACGCAUGCCGAUCCUGGAGCCACCAGAGGCCGAGUAUAGCGUGAAGUUCAGGUUCCCCGACGUGGAGAAGCUAUCGCCCCCCAUUGUGCAGAUGUCGGGUGUCACAUUCGGAUACACCCCUGACAACAUACUGCUCAAGGAUGUCGAUCUUGACGUUCAGCUAGACUCCCGAAUCGGCAUCGUCGGACCCAACGGUGCUGGUAAGACGACCAUUCUCAAGCUUCUCAUUGGCAAAUUGUCUGCCACGACAGGACUCAUCUCCCAGAACUCCCGUCUCCGCAUCGGCUUCUUCGCCCAGCAUCACGUCGACGCCCUCGACCUGACCAUGAGCGCCGUCAGCUUCAUGUCCAAGAACUACCCGGGCAGCCCCGACGAGGAAUACCGGCGGCAGUUGGGCUCCUUCGGUAUCACGGGCACGACGGGCCUGCAGAAGAUGGAGGUACUCUCCGGAGGUCAGAAGUCGCGCGUCGCCUUCGCAUGCCUGGCGCUUACGCAGCCCCACAUCCUCGUGCUCGACGAACCGUCCAAUCACCUCGAUAUCGAGGCCAUGGACGCCCUGUCAGAUGCCCUCAACCAGUUCCAGGGCGGUGUGCUGAUGGUGUCCCACGACGUCACCAUGUUGCAGACGGUGUGCAAGAGCUUGUGGGUGUGUGAGAACGGCACGGUCUGGAAGUUCCCUGGCGAUGUGCAGCAGUACAAGAAGCGGAUCGCGGCACAGGGCGACGCUUCUGGUGUUGUGCAGCAGCACUAG